GGCAAAUUGCUAGCACCAAUUCACUCCGUCGAGGUCACUGUCCAAGUCACUUCGAGUGAAAGGAUUUCAGUUGUGUUUUGGCACUAAGUUAACUUGUUGUGAACGUCUAUUAACUAUUUUGUAUAUAAUAAGACAAUGGUGAUAAAACUAUACGGAGUAUCUGACGGCCCACCAUCAAUUUCGGUGAGGCAAGCGUUGACGAUAUUGGAGAUCCCCUUUGAAUUGGUUAAUGUUGAUUAUGGUGCAGGCGAACAUAUGACUACGGAGUAUGCAAAGAUGAAUCCACAGAAAGAGAUUCCUGUCCUAGACGAUGAUGGAUUCUUUCUUAGCGAAAGCAAUGCUAUCCUGCAGUACAUCUGCGACAAGUAUAAGCCAGGAUCAGAUCUUUAUCCAAGGGAUCCUAAAACACGGGCCACUGUGCAUCAUCGACUCUGCUUCAACCUGUCAACAUACUACGCCAACAUAUCUGCUUAUACAAUGGCACCAAUUUUUUAUGAUUACGAGCGCACAGAUUUGGGAUUGAAGAAAGUGCACAUGGCAUUAGAAGUUUUAGAAACUUAUUUUGAAAGAUUGGGCACCAGUUACGCGGCAGCUAACCACUUGACUAUCGCUGACUUUCCGCUCAUUAAUACCACCAUGACUUUGGAAGCUAUAGAUUUUGACUUUAGCAAAUACAAAAGGAUUUCCAAUUGGUACAGUGAUUUCAAAAAGAAUUAUCCCGAACUCUGGAACAUUUCAGAAGGAGCAAUGAAGGAAGUUCAAUAUUUUGUAAAGAAUCCGCCUGAUUUAACACAUUUGAAUCAUCCAAUUCACCCAGCCCGUAAAAUAAAUAAAUAAAAGUUUUCUAUAUUA